AUGGCUAACCGCCCUCCUCUUGCUUCCGUAUCGUCUCACAACAGUAGUGCUAACAACGAGCCCUAUGGUGACCCUUUCGCAGACCGUCCUCGUCAGACUCAAUUUUCAGAGCCUCUACAUCCCUAUCCAUCGACGGCCUCAUUACCUCGUCCAUUUGACAGCACGACUUCGCUGCCGCGAGAAUUUGGAUCGCGCGAACAAUUGGAUGAUGAAGACUACGUGGAGAAGCAACCGUUGACAGGGGGUCAAGCUUUCACUGGUGGUUUCUAUCCCCCUGGUCCUGUCGACCCUAAUGCGUAUGGCGAUCCCUACGGUGGUGGUAGUCGCCCAAUGUCAGUAAUGUCGACAGCCACCAAUGGCGCUGAGAAUGCUUGGCGUCGACGACAGACCAUCAAAAGAGGUGUUACGCGCAAAGUUAAGUUGACGCAAGGAAAUUUCAUCGCUGAAUACCCCGUGCCGUCGCCCAUCCUGAGCGCAGUGGAAGCCAGGUACACUGCGACCAACACGACUGAAUUCUCUCACAUGAGAUACACUGCUGCUACUGUUGACCCUGACGAUUUCAAUGAGGCCAACGGCUACUCACUCCGAACCAAGAUUUAUCAACGCGAGACUGAGCUUCUCAUUGCCAUCACUUCUUAUAACGAAGACAAGACACUCUACGCCCGAACUCUACACGGUGUCAUGUUGAACAUUCGUGAUAUUUGCAAGACCAAACAAUCCAAGUAUUGGCGCCGACAGGCUGAGGAAGGUAAACCAGCUUGGCAGCGAAUCACCGUUGCAUUGAUCGUCGAUGGUUUGGAGCCUAUGGAUAAAAGUGUGCUGGAUCUCUUGGCUACCGUCGGUGUAUACCAAGAUGGCGUCAUGAAAAAGCAAGUUGACGGAAAAGACACCGUUGCCCACAUCUUCGAGUACACUACCCAACUCUCCAUUGAUUCAACUCCGCAACUGGUCCUUCCUCAAGCAAACGACCCGAACAACUUGGUCCCCGUACAGAUCAUAUUCGUUCUCAAGGCUCAAAACCAGAAGAAGAUUAAUUCUCACCGUUGGCUUUUCAACGCUGUUGGUAGUGCACUUAAGCCCGAGAUCUGUGUUCUAAUCGAUGCUGGAACUAAACCUGGACACAAGUCGAUUUACUACCUUUGGGAAGCCUUUUACAAUGACCCUCAUCUCGGUGGUUGCUGUGGUGAAAUUCAUGCGAUGAUUAAAGGAGGGAAAAAGUUGUUGAAUCCUUUGGUCGCCGCCCAAAACUUUGAAUAUAAGAUGUCUAACAUUCUCGAUAAACCUUUGGAAAGUAGCUUUGGUUAUGUUUCUGUGCUACCCGGUGCUUUCUCAGCCUACCGCUAUCGGGCAAUCCUUGGUCGUCCCUUGGAGCAGUAUUUCCAUGGUGACCACUCACUGGCAGAUCGGUUAAAAGAAAAAGGUAUCCACGGAAUGAACAUCUUUACGAAAAACAUGUUCUUGGCUGAGGACCGUAUCCUCUGUUUUGAGCUUGUAGCAAAAGCCAAUGAUCGGUGGACGUUGACCUACGUGAAACCUAGCAAAGCCGAGACAGAUGUCCCGGAACAGGCUGCUGAACUUAUUGGUCAACGUCGCCGUUGGUUGAAUGGUUCUUUUGCUGCUUCAGUGUAUGCCAUAACUAAAUUCUUCCAAUUGUAUCGGACCAACCAUGGCAUCAUUCGAAUGUUCUUCUUCCAUGUUCAAGCUCUAUACAACAUAUUUUCCCUCGUCUUCUCCUGGUUUGCCUUGGCCAAUAUCUGGCUGACUUUCAGCAUCAUCAUCGACUUGCUUCCCAACAUGCCAGUAGAGCCAAUCGUCAUCUUCGGUACUCCCGCUAUUACUCAUUGGGUCAAUCUCGGUUUCAAAUGGCUGUACUUGUCCUUCCUUGCACUGCAGUUCGUCCUUGCACUUGGUAACAGACCGAAGGGCGAACGAGUGGCGUACGCAGUAACUUUAUGGGUAUAUGCCAUUCUCUCACUCUACCUUCUUGUUUGCUCCUUCUGGCUGACUAUCCAAGCUUUCAUCAACAUUCCAAAACUGGUUAAGCAAGACAACGGUGAUAUUCUCAAGACGUUUUUCCAAGGUCCAGUCGGUGCUCUAUUGGCGGCCAUGUUCUCGACCUACGGUAUCUAUAUCAUUGCCUCCUUCCUCUAUCGUGAUCCCUGGCACAUGUUCUCAAGCUUCUUUCAAUAUCUUCUACUCGCCCCAAGUUUCACCAACGUGUUAAAUGUUUACGCCUUCUGUAACCUGCACGAUGUAUCUUGGGGUACCAAGGGUAGCGACAAGGCUGACGCAUUACCCUCCGUCUCGUCGUCCAAGUCGAAAGACGCCGAAACUGCUGUUGUCGAGGAUACGAUGAAGGUUCAGGAAGACGUUGAUGCGGCGUUUAAGGAGACAGUCACACGUGCGGUCACCAAGGUUGAGACAAAGGAGGUAAUGGAAAAACCGACUAUGGACGACCAAAACAAGACCUUCCGUACACGUCUGGUAGCUUUAUGGAUGUUGUCCAAUGCCACCCUUGCCAUAGCCAUCGCAAAUUUGAACGGAUUGCCGAGCAAGGUCCCUGAGGAGGACCAGCGAGCUCUUGCAGCGAAACAGAGUACCUACUUCAACAUCAUCUUGUUCUCAACCUUUGGUUUGGCCUUUGUUCGUUUCUUAGGAUGCCUCUGGUAUUUCUUCAAACGAAAUCUUUUCAGGUGCUGCAGGAGAAAUUAAAGAUGAAGUCUCACGAAAGCGGACAAUAUUUUGCUGCAUCUCUUUGUUCUCUCUUCACGUUACGAUACUCUGCUCUUCCGUUGUCCAUUCCCCCCUUCUAUGAUUAAAUUCCUUUUAGUUUGGUAUUUGGAUGGAAAAUUUAGCAUACUGCCGUCGCGUCGUCGACAUUUAUAUAUUCUACCCCUCUGGGGCGUGUAUGGAGAGAAAGGACUCUAGGAGUACAUGGCAGAGUGUUCAUUGGAUAGAUAAUUUAGAUGUGGACUCCUGCGUGGAAGUACGGUAUCUGGAAUGAACCUUCCGUCGACUCCACCAUUACGCAAUAUAGCUUCGAGUAUGUUGAGAACGCCGUUAGGGUCAUCAUGCGCAUCCCCGCCAGUGUCCGCUUGGGUGGCAUCCGUUUGUGAACCUGAGUCGGUGGUCUUUACCAAAGGUCGCCUACAGGUAGGACAGGAAUCGUGCUGUGACGAAAUAUAGAAGAUUAAUCGGUGUAAGGAAACCAUCUUCAUGAAAUGGACGCAACUCUCUUUUACAGAAAAUGUGGCCACAUUGCCACGGUUCUGACAAACGAAUGACACCAAGCUCCUCGGUGGGGUGUGCAGGUGAGUCCAUAGCAAUGGCCGUUUCCUCUUCUGACAACAGGGCUAGAAGAGACGUGAAACAUAUAGGACAAACGGAAUCUAUACGGAAGCGGGGGGAUUUAUUAACUUAGGUUUGAGGCCGCGAAGCACGAGAAGUGAUGGACCUUGGUGUCCAAGAGCGAUAACGUCGUUCUCCUCCAAUCUAGAGAAAGCCUCGAUAACGUCUUGCUUCUG